AUGGCAGACACACAAGCCAAACCGGAGAUCAAGGUGGAUCCAGCAUCCAGCACUCCCAAAGCCAUGACCGAUGUUGAGGAGUUCGAAGACGAUGUCGACCUCUACAUUCCUCCACCUCCGCAACCACAAGGCGACGGCCCGCAAGCCUGGCUGGUGAAGGUGCCCAAAUACAUCUGGAACGCAUGGGCGGAGAUCUAUCGCAACGCGCCUGACGACGGGGGGAAUGUAGAGAUCGGUAAGAUGGUGGUCUACGAGCCCAAGCCAGGCGAAGAAGCGCCAAAGACUCAAAUCCGCCUGACGCCUGGCGUGUACCAGCACGUGGACCUGCCCAAGACGUACAAUCUCGACAUCAAAACGACUGGCUAUAGCAACACCAUCGUCUUCUCCGAGAAGGACCUCCCGGGCCACCGCUCGGGCCGUCCCCAGCCCUACUCCUCGCGCCACUCCAAAGCUCAGCAAUUUCAAAAGUCACGCGGCAUUCCCUCCAAAGCCGAUCGAUAUGGGAAGCCUGUCAAACCAGGCACAUACCGCACAGCAAUCCCCAAACAAACCGCCCUUGCGCCCCUCAUUUACCACGUUGCUGAUGCCGCCCCGGAAGAGGAUGCAAGUUACUUUGCCUACUUCAAGAAGCAGUACGAGGAGCAGCUCAAGCCCAAGAAGACGACGACAUUCUUCGCGGGCAUCGACCGUUCACUGCACCCCGCCGCCUCCCACCUCAACGCCUUCCCGUCUUUCGGACUGUCUUCGCGACCCGGGGCAAGGGGCAAGAAAGCUGCACCAAAGGAGAAGGCGGUACGCAUGUCACAAGAGGCGCUGCUGGACAGGAUAUACCAAUGUUUCCGACGAUACAAGUACUGGUCGCUUAAGGCGUUGCGGAUCGAAUUGCGUCAGCCGGAAGUCUACAUCAAGCAGACGCUGGAGGGGGUUGCCGUUCUCAUGCGAUCGGGAGACUUCGCGAUGAACUACGUGCUGAAGCCGGAAUAUCAGGCAAUGAUCAACCCGCAAGGCGAAGAUGGAGAGGGAAAGGCGGAACCAAAGGAGGAGACUGCAAUGGUGAAAAGCGAGGCGGAAGAGAGCGAGAUGGAGAUGGACGGUGGGGUGGAACUGGGUAGUGAGGAUGACGAUGACGACGAUUUGGGAGAGGAGUUUGAGGACGUUAAGAUGCAGUGA